AUGUCGUCCGUGCCAAAGGCCAAGUGUUGUGGCCGAGGCAUCUACAUCCAGGUGGUUGGCAUAUGCAGAGCCCAGGGGGCAGCGGAGGAGGCGUCUGGAAUUGCCUCCCCAUCACCCACUGAGCUGAACAACCCCCUGGAAGACGCCCGGGCUCUGAGAAGCGGCCACCCGAAGCCUGAGACAUGCAGCACCGAGCCUGUCCAGCACCGUCUUCCUCGCCCACCAGCCACACAGCCUCCCUCCCAGUCCCAGCGUGUAAAAGGCUCCUCCUGGCCCUGCCCUGCUGGCAGCCCAGCACAGGAGCCCCCUUGUCUCCUGCGGGUGGGGGGGGUCAGCUCUGCUUGCGAGAGCCCCAUGUCACCCGUCCGCCCGGGCUCUUCCCCAGGGGCUGGCGGCGUGAACCAGCUGGGGGGGCUCUUCGUCAAUGGCCGCCCCCUGCCCCCCUGCAAGCGGAGGAGGAUCAUCCAGCUGGCGGCGAGUGGGGUGCGCGCCUCUGACAUCUCCCGGAGCCUGAAGGUAUCCAAUGGCUGCGUGAGCAAGAUCCUGGGCCGCUACUACCAGACAGGUGCCAUGGAGCCGAAGGCCAUCGGCGGCAGCAAGCCCCGCAUGGCCACCCCAGAGGUGGUGGCCCGGAUCGCGCAGCUGAAGCUGGAGCACCCAUCCAUCUUUGCGUGGGAGAUCAGGAGGAAGCUGCACUCCGAAGGCAUCUGUGCCAGCGACCGGACGCCCAGCGUGUCCUCCAUCAACCGGGUGCUGAGGAAUCUGCAAGGGGACAUGCGGCUCACAGCUGACUUUGGUUUCAUGAUGGAGCCGGCGCUUCACUCCCCUCUCCCCCCACACUGCAGCUCAGCAUCAGCCAGGGGACCCCUGCCGGGUGUCCAGCACCGGAACAGGACAAUCUUCUCAAGUCAGCAGUCAGUGGCCUUGGAGAAAGAAUUCCAGAGAGGGCAGUACCCCGACUCCACUACCCGGGAGAAACUGGCCUCAGCCACCCAGCUCCCCGACACCACCAUCAGGGUUUGGUUUUCAAACCGAAGAGCCAAAUGGAAACGAGAGGCAAAGCUGAAGCUGGAGACUGACGGUGCAGCUUCCCAGGCCUUGGCUGCUUUCCAGCCAUCCUCAAUGACCGACACCAUCUCCACACAGCACCUGGCUGCCUCCCCAGACACCCACAGCUUCACUGUCUACCCGGGGACCUCCCAGCCACUGCAUCUGAGCACCUCUCCGCCUGGCACCUGGGAAGAGUCUUGCUGUGGACAAAGGCAGGCGAAGAAAGAGAAGGUGUUGGAGAUGGAUAAGCGUGCACCUCAAAGGGCACCUAACUUGUGA